UAUUAAGGGAAACACAACUCGGUUCACGUGGGUCUGGACACGGCUGAUCUCAGACGUUGAUGGGAAGGUUAAAAUGCCAAAGAAAAGCAAAACAAAGAAUGUGAAGAGACGGAGUAGUGAUGAUGAGCAGCUCCAACCUAAACUGAGCAGGGUAGAGCAAAAUGACACUCCGGCCCCUCUGUGCUUCCAAAGCCCUGUCAGCUUGUUCGAGAGCCUCAUCCAGCCAAUGGGGACAGAGCAGUUCUUCAGGGAGUACUGGGAAAAGAAACCUCUCCAUCUUCAGAGGUCUGAUUCAAGCACAGCAUCCUACUACCAGUCUUUGUUCCAGCUUUCUGACCUGCAGAGCUUGUGCUCUCAGGGUCUGAGUUACUACAGGGACAUCAAUGUCGUUCGCUGCAUCAAUGGCAAGAAAAAAGUGCUCAACAAGGAAGGGCAAGUGAAGAGCAGUGUUCUCAAUAAGUACUUGGUUCAGAAUAAGGCCACCAUCCAGUUUCACCAGCCACAGAGGUUCAAGGAUGAAUUGUGGAGGAUCCAGGAGAAGCUCGAGAGUUUUUUUGGAGCCUUGGUGGGAUCCAAUGUCUACAUCACACCACAGGAGUCCCAGGGUCUUCCAGCUCACUAUGAUGAUGUUGAGGUAUUUAUCCUGCAGCUGGAGGGACAGAAACGGUGGCUUCUCUACAAUCCUACUGUUAGACUGGCAGCAGAGUACAGCCUGGAAUCAGCGGAGCGGAUCGGCAGCCCUACCCAUGAUAUUAUACUUAAGGCUGGAGAUCUUCUGUACUUUCCCAGAGGCACCAUCCAUCAAGCCAGCACUCCAGCAGGAGUGGACCACUCCACCCACUUGACUCUCAGCACUUACCAGAGAAUGUCAUGGGGAGAUCUGAUGUUGGACAUAUUUCCCAGCUUUCUAUGUGACAGCAGCAGGACUGAAGUCAGCCUGAGAGAGGGCAUGCCCAGAAGACUCUUACUGGGUAGCAGUGAAGGCCGAGACACCAGCAGUCGGCUGGCCACUGCCCUCAGAUCUCUGGCUGCUGAAUUGGAAACGGGGAUGCUGGAAGUUCGCUCCACUCACAUGAAGAGAGACUUUAUCAUGAACAGGCUGCCACCAUAUAGCCAGCAGCUGCUCACACCUUCUGAGAGGAUUCCUGCCUUGGAGGAUAUGGUGUGCUUGAGGUGUAAAGACCACAUGGUAGUAACAGUGGAGCAAAGUCAAGAAAGAACGGAUGAGGCCACAGAGCUGGUUGUCUUUGUCUUACAUUCUUUGAAGAACCAGAGGGAAAGCCACAUGAUGGGUGAAGCUUGUGAUGAAGAGGAGGAACAUGAUGUCUCCAAGGGCCUGAAGUUCCCUCUGUCCCACCUCCAGGCCCUGCGACAGCUCCAACAGGCCGAGCAGCUGGCUGUGGCCCAGCUCCAGCUGCCCACCCAGGAGGCCAAGCUCAGUCUGGUCCUGGCUCUCUGGAGUGAGAGCCUGCUGGAGGUGCUGUAGCACACCAAUAAAUCAAAAUAUGACUGAAGUGAAGUAUUACAUCAACGUAUGUUGAUUUUUACAAAUCCUUCUAAAUGUUUUCUCCUCGCCUUAUUCUGUUUCCCUCCUGAAUAAAGUUGGCACAGCUCCAGCAGUGCAGGAUCUGACGCUCUGA